GUUCUGUUAGAUUCCUUUCCACCUAGUGAUGGUAUUGUUCGGAUACCAAACCCAAUCACUGUCCUUUUUACCUUCCCAUCUCUCUCUCAAUUCCUCCUUUUAUUAGCUUCUUCUCUUCCCCUCACACCAAAAUCACCAUCUUCAUUGUUAUUCUUAUCAUCUCAUAUUCAAAAAGAUUUAUGGGUUUUGAUCUAAAAUUCAUAAGAAAGAGAAUGCCAUCGAAGAAUUAUCGAUAUUCAUCUUCUUCUUUUUCUUCUUCUUCAUCUUCUUCUCAGCUAAGUACUCCAAGAGCAUUUCAAAAUGGGCCAUCUCAAGCCAUUGAUAAAUCUCCUCUCUGGGAUGUUGAGAAGGUGAAGUGCAGCUUUAGUUCCUCAGUGUAUAAGUCGAACGAAGAACUUAUUGGAGAGAUCGCGGAGCUUGACACAGAGAUCUUACUUUUAGAGCGGUAUCUUCUCUCGCUAUACAGAUCAUCUUUCGGAGAUCAUUUGCCUGCAUCAUUGUCACUAGAUAAUUCUCCACUCCCUCCAUACAAGACCAAAUUUUACAAUGACCGGGCGUCUUCUGAGUCUGAUAAGUCUGUCUUGUCUAGCUUCAAGUCAUUGUCUGAGAUGGACAAGAUAAAAAGAUCCGACUCUGGUCACCCGAGUUUGGCUGAUCUUCUUGGUCUUAACACUCUCAGUCCCAAUAAACUCUCGGAAGAGAUUCUGAGAAGUAUUUGUGUGGUACACUACAAACUCUCAGACAAGCAGGGACAUAGCAGAAUAGUCAAGAAGAACUCAAAGAAUGAAAAUAUUAAUGAGGAACUUGGAGUUGUUAUCGGUAAACUUUGCCUAGAAGAUGACAAUUUGAAGUCGGUAGAGAGCUUGCUUCAGAAUUUUAGAUCGUUGGUUCAAAAGCUCGAGAAAGUUGAUCCCGAAAGGAUGGCUAGGGAAGAGAAACUUGCGUUCUGGAUAAACAUUCAUAAUGCUUUAGUGAUGCACGCGUAUAUAGUAUAUGGAUUUAGUGAAGAUACAACAAGCACAACGAUCUUGAAGGCAGCAUUUAACAUCGGUGGGGAGCGGAUAAACGCAUACGAUGUCCAGAGUUCGAUAUUGGGCAUUCAUGCAUGCCAUUCACCAUCACGUUUAUGGACGUUAUUUUCACCGGCUAGGAGUUCAAAGACAAGUAGCGGUCGACACACUUAUUCGUUGGAUUAUGCCGAACCACUUCUUCAUUUUGCCCUCUCUACAGGAGCAUCAACCGAUCCAAUGGUCCGAGUUUAUACAGCAGAAGGAAUCUUUCAAGAACUUAGGCAAGCAAGAGACAGUUUCAUCCAAACAAGUGUUCGAUUUGAGAAAGAGACAAAGAUUCUAUUGCCAAAGAUCAUUUACAACUACGCAAAGGAUACUUCUCUCGACAUGGCUGAACUCUUUAAUACCAUAUCAGAGUGCCUAACAGAGACACAAAGAACGACACUGACACGAGUUGUAAAGAAAAAACAAGACAGAUACAUUCGUUGGAUUAACCAUGACUCCAACUUCCGUUAUAUCAUCUAUCCGGAACUCGUGAGAGAGAGUUUUUGAAUUUGACCCACCAUCUUCUCUACCUAGACACUAUAUGGUUCGUCUGUAUCUAGAUUUUUAUAUUGUGACAUGAUUUUGCUAAAUGAUAGAGCCUGAACUUGUGUACAUUGUGGAUUUAAAACAAUGUGUGUUCAUUAUAAAUUGUUAUGAAAGAGAUAAUUAUUAUU